AUGGCCGCGAAGUCGGAUGGAGCGGCGGCCGCAGCCGGCCCGGGGCCGCGCUACGAGCUGCGGGACUGCUGCUGGGUGCUGUGCGCGCUGCUCGUGUUCUUCUCCGACGGCGCCACGGACCUGUGGCUGGCGGCCUCCUACUACCUGCAGGGUCAGCGCACCUACUUCGGCCUCACGUUGCUAUUCGUGCUCCUGCCCUCGCUUGUCGUGCAGCUGCUCAGUUUCCGCUGGUUCGUCUACGACUACACGGAGCCCGCGGGGGCCCCGGGACCCGCCGUCAGCACCAAGGACAGCGGCGCCGGUGGGCCCGCCAUCAGCACCAAGGACAGCGCCGUCGCCUUCCGGACCAAAGAAGGCAGCCCGGAGCCGGACCCCCGGCCCGCGCCCUCCUCGGCCAGAGCCUACCGCCGCCGCUGCUGCCGCCUCUGCGUCUGGCUGCUGCAGACCCUCGUCCACCUCCUGCAGCUCGGCCAGGUCUGGAGGUACCUGCACGCCAUGUACCUGGGGCUGCAGAGCCGCUGGCGCGGGGAGCGGCUGCGGCGCCACUUCUACUGGCGGAUGCUGUUCGAGAGCGCCGACGUGAGCAUGCUGCGCCUGCUGGAGACCUUCCUGCGCAGCGCGCCGCAGCUCGUGCUGCAGCUCAGCCUGCUGGUGCACCGCGGCGGCCAGCCCGACCUGCUGCCGGCCCUCUCCACCUCCGCCUCCCUCGUGUCCCUGGCCUGGACGCUGGCCUCCUACCAGAAGGUGCUGCGGGACUCGAGGGAUGACAAGCGGCCGCUGUCCUACAAGGGCGCCGUGGCCCAGGUGCUGUGGCAUCUGUUCACCAUCGCAGCCCGCAGCCUGGCCUUCGCGCUCUUCGCCAGCGUCUACAAGCUCUACUUUGGCAUCUUCAUUGUGGCCCACUGGUGCGUCAUGACCUUCUGGGUCAUCCAGGGCGAGACAGACUUCUGCAUGUCCAAGUGGGAAGAGAUCAUCUACAACAUGGUGGUGGGCAUCAUCUACAUCUUCUGCUGGUUCAAUGUCAAGGAGGGCCGCAGUCGCCGCCGCAUGACCCUCUACUACUGCAUCAUCCUGCUGGAGAAUGCCGCGCUCACCGGCUUCUGGUACUCCAGCCGCAACUUCGCCACCGACUUUCACUCACUAAUCCUGGUCUGUGUGGUGGCCUCCAGCUUCGCGCUGGGCAUAUUCUUCAUGUGUGUCUACUACUGCCUCCUGCACCCCAACGGGCCCAUGCUGGGUCCCCAGGCCCCUGGCUGCAUCUGCCCUCAGUCCCCAGGACCCUGUGGCCCACCAGCCGAUGCUGUCACCAGUCCCCCAAGGUCCCUGCCGAGGACUACAGGCGCCGAGCGGGAUGGGGCCUCAGUGGGAGGCGAGCGUGCGGGGACCCCCACGCCACCUGUCUUCCAGGUGCGGCCGGGCUUGCCUCCCACACCAGUGGCCCGCACCUUGCGGACAGAGGGGCCUGUCAUUCGGAUUGACCUGCCUCGUAAGAAGUACCCGGCAUGGGAUGCUCACUUUAUUGACCGCCGGCUCCGGAAGACCAUUUUGGCACUGGAGUACUCCUCGCCCACCACGCCCCGGUUGCAGUACCGGAGCGUGGGGGCCUCCCAGGAGCUGCUGGAGUAUGAGACCACGGUGUAGGCCACAGUCUCCCCCCAAAAAGGGAUGAGCUUUGGCUGACCCCGCAUCGACCACAGUGUUGAGCCCAGAAUUUCAGGGCCACCAGGCUAAGGGGGAGUGGAUCUGUUGGUCCAAGGGUAGAGUGGCCCCACCAUUGGGUUCUUUCAGGGGAGGGGCAGCCUUGUGGAGGCCCCAGCCCUAGGCCCUGCUUUCAGCCCUGUGGCCCAUUUCCUAAACUCCCCUGAACCAGGGCCCAGGGAAUCAACUGGUGCUACACUCCUCGUGAGCUGCCCUACUUUCAUGGAGGCCUCCAUAUCAUGUCUGGUGCCAGGGGGCCCCACACCCUCUCCUCUGCCUGGAGUUGCCCACAUGUCACCCCCUGUGGACCCGCCAGAGAAAGGGCACUGUCUAGGGUCCAUGACCUAGGCCCUGUGCUCCUCAGGGGGUGUGGGGGUUGGCUGCCUCUGUGGUGGGAGGAGAUCUCUGAGAAGGAUGGAGGAGGCCAUGGAAGAUGAGGGGUGAGGUGGGAGUGUCUGAUGGACAAGGCUGCUACAGUUCUUGUGGGGUCCAAAGUCUGGAGCCUGGGC